GUUUGAUAGCGUGCGUGUGCUUUUACAAACUUGCUCUAUGUUGUUAUAAUUUGUGUUCAAUGGCCGCUCCAGUGAAUCGUGAUCAGUUUUUUAAAAAACUACAUACCCUAAUUGAAAGUAAACGAAAAGACAAUUGCUUUUAUUUUUCUAAAGAAAAAUAUUCUAAAAUCUUGUCUGAAGUGAUUUCCGCUAAAACUAAGUGCUGUACACCUUCGGACUACAGACGUUUAAAACGUUUUGACAUAUUAAAUGUUGGUGAUGAACAAAAGUUGAUUGUGCCAUUAAAACCAGGAGAAACAAAUAUCCAGUACUAUGUUACAAAUGACGAGCUGUUUGAUAUACUUUCCGAAACUCACGUGAGAACAGGCCAUGGAGGAAGAACACGAAUGCUGAACGAAUUGCAACUUAAAUACAAAAACGUUACUUAUGAAGUUACCAUGUUGUAUUUAAAUUUGUGCCAGCAAUGUCAAAGGAAACACAGUACGCAUAAAAAAUGUGUUGUUAAACCAAUAGUCGGUUCCCAAUUACAUUCUAGAUGUCAAGUGAACUUACUCGACUGGGAACUACACAGUGAUAGUGACUACAAAUUUAUAAUGGUAUUUCAAGACCAUUUAACUAAGUUUGUCCAGUUACGACCUUUAAAAACCAAGAGAGCGGACGAAGCAGCAUAUCAUCUACUUCACAUUUUUUUGACGUUUGGUGCUCCCGCCAUAUUGCAUUCAGAUAACGGUAGAGAAUUCAGUGAUCAAAUCAUAUCUGAACUAAACGCCAUGUGGAAAGAUGUUAAAAUUGUGCACGGAAAAGACACAGUCGAAAGAGACUAUCGGGAUAUACAGAAUAUGUUAACUGCAUGGAUGCAAGAUAAUAGUUCGAAUAAUUGGUCAGAAGGUUUGUCGUUUGUCCAAUUCACCAAAAAUACAACUUAUCAUGCUGAAAUACGCCAGAGUCCAUAUGAAGCCAUGUUUGGCACUAAGCCAAGAAGGGGCAUAGAAUCGACAUCUCUUCCUGGACAAAUUACAAACAUUAGAACGGAGGAAGAGCUAGAAGCCUACGUUAAUACUUUUGAUGAAAAUUUGAUUAGUGACCAUAUUGAUGACCAAGCCAAAAUAGGCAUAGCAUCGUCAUCCCUUCCUGGACAUAUUACAAACAUUAAAACAGAGCAUGAGCUAGAAGUCUACGGAAAUAAUUUUGAUGAAAAUUUGAUUAGUGACCAUACUGAUGACCAAGCCAUGUUUGACGUUAUGCCAGAUAGGAGCAUAGCACCGUCAUCUUUUCCUGGACAAAUUACGAACAUUAAAACGGAAAAAGAGUUAGAAGCAUACGUUAAUAAUUUUGAUCAAAAUUUGAUUAGUGGCCAUACUGAUGACCAAGUCAUGUUUGACGUUAAGCCAGAAAUGUGUGUAGCAUGGCCAUCUCUUCCUGGACAAAUUACAAACAUUAAAACUGAACAAGACCGAGAAUCAUACGUUAAUACUUUAGAUGAAAAUUUAAUUAGUAACCAUAUUGAUGACCAUGAUUUAGAUGAAAACGACAUACAUGACAAAAAUACCAUUGAAGCUUUAUCUCAAGUACCGAUUGAUCCGCAACCAAGCACAUCUCCAUCUCAAGCGCUAACUGAAGAGCAUGAGUUAAUUUCUUUAAAAAGAGUAGCCUCAAAACGAAAUCUUCGACUUCAAGCAACAAAAAUGCUACGAAUCUCAAAAGAAUAAGAAAUUAAACUCUCUGACUUUUAUGUUGCUUGAAAUGGUCAUUUGUCAUGGUAGUUUAAGUUGUUGCAAUAAAUA